GCACUCAUUGACUAAGAAUGAGAAAAUGAUGGGUACUAUGAUACAACACAUGUUAGCCAAAUCAGGGUUCCGGACAUCAGUUUCAGAUGUGGGACAGUUUAUUGAAUUUUUAAGAAAGGCUAGCCCUUGGUUCGUUGAGGAAGGCUCCUUGACUUUGGAGGAAUGGAAGAGAGUGGGGAAAGAAAUGCGUAAAUAUGUACAGACUCAUGGUGAAAAGACUCUGCCCCCUCAAGCAUUUCAAUUGUGGUUUCAUUUGAGGGAUCUCUUGUCAGAGACAACCCCGUUUCAGGGACUCUGCAGAGAAACCGCUUCUGAUCAGGGGGAAUCCCCUAUUUAUGCAGAAGUAGGCCAGGAGGAAGGAGAAGAGGGAGAGUAUAUGCCGCUCACUGCCUCUGCUCCUCCUCUGCAGUAUAGCACUAUAGAGGACAAUAAUGGUGAUUGGGGUCUUGAUGAUCAACAAGCAGAGCAGGAAUGGGAAGAUGAUCAUCGGGAUCAUUCUGAUAAUCCCCAAUCUUUUGAGGUGCUUAGCGCUGCGGCCAGUCAGCGGCCCGUGCCAAAACCCAGGAAGCAUCCUCCUCUGCCACCUGUUGGCUUCCAAGGGGCCAUGGCAGAGGCACGAAGGACGGGGGACGCCUCUUUUGGGGUCUUUCCUGUUACAGAACCAUGGGAUGAUGAGGGUCCUGUAUGGGAGCCCCUCUCAUUAAAGGUGUUAAAAGAAUUGCAGUCUGCAGUAAAGAGUGUUGGGGCUUCUGCUCCCUACACACUGCAAGUAGUGGAUGUGGUUGCCAGCUCUUGGUUAACACCCUAUGACUGGAUGCAAACCGCAAAAGCCACUCUCAGCCCUGGGGAUUAUAUCCUCUGGAGGACUGAGUAUGAAGACAGAAGUAAAGAAACUGUGGUACAAUCCCUCAGAAAACGUGGCCCUAAGCCCACUAUGUCAAUGCUUAUGGGGACAGAGGAUUACACCACCCCACAAUCUCAGACCAAGAUACCUAGAGAUAUCUUGCAGUUGAUAACAACCAACGCCGUACAAUCAUGGCGUAAGAUUCCUCCUCAGGGAACCAAAGGAGGAGCAUUGGCUAGCAUUAGGCAAGGUACUGAAGAGUCUUAUCCAGAGUAUAUAGCUAGACUUGAGGAAGCUAUUUCUAGAAUGCUCCUCCCUCUGAGGGAACGGACAUUCUUUUGA